AAUUUUGUUCUGUGGUCUAAUCGUCUGCGGUUUGAAAUUUCAAAGUGUAAAAAAAAUAAAUUACUUCGUUUAUACUUCUCAAAUAAUUUGUGAUUAUCAAUUUGAACUACAUAUUGCAUAGAUGAGUGUUUUCGUAUCAUUGGUUUCGAAGAUUUAAGAUGUCUUUUAACUUUGGAACACCGUCCAGCGCCCCGGCUACGGCUGGGCUUGCGGGUUUUAGUUUUGGCGCUAAUAAGCCAGCCACACCAGGUUUUGGCUUAACAGCUACAUCUCAACCGUCUACUGGCCUCUUUGGUACACCAGCAACUGCAGCCCCUGCUUUUGGAGCUGGAGCCUCUACAUUUGGGACUACACCUGCAUUUGGGGCUACUUCCACUGCACCAGCUUUUGGGACAACACCAGCCUUUGGUACAGCAGCACCAGCCUUUGGAGCUACCAGUGCCGCACCAGCGUUUGGUGCCAACACAAGCUUUGGGGCUAACACUAGUUUUGGUGCAGCUACCAGUGCACCAGCCUUUGGUGGGACAACAUCUUUAGCUUUUGGUGCCAAUACUGCUGCACCUGCUUUUGGCACCUCUACACCAGCUUUUGGUACAACAGCUCCUGCUUUCGGUACAUCAUUCGGCGGCGGUUUGGGAACUGGUGGUCUCAAUUUCGGAACUAGUACGGCGGCUUCUACAGGCUUGUCCUUCGGUACCACCACAACAACUACUAGUGCUGGCCUGGGUGGAUUGGGCGGUUUCGGUUUUGGUGCAACAACAACCACUACCCAGUCUGGGUUCGGGUUAUUUGGUUCAACAGGUACCACUGCUACUACCAGUGCAGCACCAAGUUUGGGCCUUGGCGGAGUAGCUCAACAAGGGACAACAAACAACACAACUGCAGAUGGAAAGAAUGAACCACCAAAGCAAACCAAACUGCCAAAUGAAAUUUCUACCACAGUGGAGUCUUUCAAAGAGUUUGUUAAGAAGCAGAAGUCACUAAGUUCAGACGUUAUGAGAGUUAACACCAAGCCAUUGCAUAAGGUGGGUCGUGAAGCAGAAACGAUGCUGCGUGCAAUAUUAGCGUUGCGCGGUGAAUGCGGUCGCUCCAGAGCGCAGUCGUUCCGCCUGCGAGCCGCAGCCGCAACCGCACUGGCCGCAGCCGAAACAGCAGCUAGGGAUUCACCAGCAGGUGCUGAUCCGGAAGGCCUGUCACCCCCCACAUACAUCAAGGACCUGAUAGCUGAGUUGGAGCAGCAGCUUAUUACCUUCCGGAGCCAGAUGGAUGUCGCCGAUAAGCAGAUGCAAUCGUCGCCCAAACUUCUUACUGAACAAGAGCUCACUCUGGGUAUUCGACGCAUGCACGAGUCUCUGGUGGCACUCGCGGCCCGGCUCCAAGCGGUUCACACUCAAGUCGAGGCGCAAAAGGAACAAUACCUGAAUUUACGGAAAUACAUACUCAAGGACCCCAGCAACGUAUUCGAUACUCCGUCAACGAGUGCAAGUCUCGAUCAAAUACUUCGCGAUGCGGAAGGCAAGAGGAAAAAUUCGAAAUCUGGAAAUGCUUCGGACACCGGGCUUGGCAGUGCCGUGCUUUCAGAUCCUCGAGCUGCGUUAGGUAACAUAAAUGAGUUGGCCGGACCGACGCCGUUUACGUAUUUGGGCAGCACAUUAUCUUCGUUCCCCGCUGCCGACAUGACAGGUUCGAACUGGCAACCCCAACCGCAACCGCAACUUGUACAAGCGACAACUAUGCCUACGUUUGGCACCACUCAGCAGGAGACCAACUUCCAGCUUCAGAAACCGCCUGGAAAACGCGGGAAACAAUGAUAUUGGCGAUAAGGUAGACUUUAAGGUUUACCUUAUAAAUGAGGACACUGAGAACAAUUUCGCGUGUGAAUUGUGAUUUACUGUUUAAUAAAAAGUUAUUUUUGUAAAGACUUGUCAUAAUCGCCUUAAUGUUGAAUGUUACUCAUAGGCUUAUUAUUAUAUACAAUAAAUUUGAAUGUCGCACAUUCAAAUUGGCACAAAGUUAUUGGUGAAAAACGCACUCACUACACACGGCACUUAAACGUAAAAAAAUAUAUGAGUCUACUAGAAUCAAAAACCGCAAUGUCCAUAUCCGUGUUUUGGCCUAAAUAUAUAUAUUUUGAAUUAUUGGUUGUUUGUACAUUCAGUGGUUUAUGUAGUAUAAUAAAAAUACAGUAAAUACAUCAUGUAAUGGUCGCAUAUUAAUGGAAUUAAGUAGAUUCGUCACAGUAACAAGAAAAUUGAAUAAAUAGUCUGGACUUUGCUGUUUUUGAAAUAAACCACUGGACUUUGCUGUUUUUGUUGCACGAGUCUGAUGGACAUUGCUUAUUUUGAAACAUACCUAUUUUUAUGUACUACGCCUGGUUAGUAUUGAUACUUUGAAUAGCAAAGAC